UUCCCAUCAUCACGUCGCCCGUCCUCGUGAAAACCGUCGCCAGUCGCGAUCGAGCGUUCUCCAGGUGCUAAGCAACGAAAGCGGCACCAUGGAUCCUGCAUUCAAACACUCGUGCCAUUUUUCGCUUUUUUGACUGACACGGUGACAUAUCACUUUAAUUUCUGACUGACAACGAUGGCGUAUCCGUUGCCCCUGAGCUGUUCGCCCCGCGUCAACCAGGUGCUGGACAAUCAACUGACGGCUUCGACGAUGGCCACCAAUCUUCUCGCGCCAGUGAAAACCGAACAGGAAAUACUGGAAAACUCGAUGUUGGAGGACGAUCCGAACGCCAACUGUGCGGCCACUUCGCCUCCUCUGGAGAGUUUGGGACCCAGGUGGGGCCCGCAGCAUAAGGGUGCUCAAGAACUUGCUAACCUCUACAGCACCGGAAAAAGGACACAAGAAUGCAUAUGCGUUGGGAUAUGCUUGACAUUGAUGGCUGUUAACUUAAUUUUUAUACUAUUCCAUAUAAAACUACAAAACUUAAGUGCCAUUAUGGUGGCGGCCUUUUGUGGAAUUGUCACCGCCGAUUUCGGGUCUGGCUUUGUGCACUGGGCGGCGGAUACGUGGGGCUCCAUUGAGCUACCAGUAAUUGGAAAGAACUUCUUGCGUCCAUUCCGUGAACACCACAUCGACCCAACCUCAAUAACCCGGCACGAUUUCAUAGAAACCAACGGUGAUAAUUUCAUGGUUACUAUACCGUUCCUUGCCAGGAUGGUAUGGGAUUUUAUAACGCUUUCUGAGGAUGAUGUUCAGAUGAAGUUUACAUGGAAUUGUUAUGUUUUCUUACUAGCUAUAUUUGUCGCUAUGACGAACCAGAUUCACAAAUGGUCCCACACUUAUUUUGGCCUGCCCAGUUGGGUGGUUUUUCUACAAGAAAUGCACGUCAUCCUGCCGAGAAGACAUCACAGAAUACAUCACGUCGCACCUCACGAGACCUAUUUUUGCAUAACCACGGGCUGGCUAAACUGGCCCAUGGAAAAGCUUCACUUUUGGACAGCACUUGAAGUCCUUAUCGAAGCUGUAAGCGGUCUGAAGCCCAGGGACGACGAUUUAAAAUGGGCGAAAAAGGGAACGUGAUUGUGAAAUUUCGGACGUGUCUUACUUUAUUUUUAAGUGCACCACACUCAGGUCUCUAGCACAAGUGGUUUACCAAGUUGUUUUGCCCAUUUUGCAAAAUGAUAUUGCAAAUAAAUAGAUUACCUCAGGAUUUUUGAAAUCUAGUCUGACAUAUCAAAAU